GUGGUGAAGAUGCUGCUCGACAAGGGCGCCGAGGUCAACGCGCAGGGUGGAGCCUAUGGCAACGCACUCCAGGCAGCUUCAGCUAGAGGCAACGAGGCGGUGGUGCAGCUGCUGCUCGACAAGGGCGCCGACGUCAACGUGCAGGGUGGACGAGACGGCAACGCACUCCAGGCGGCUUCAGCUAGAGGCGACAAGGCGGUGGUGCAGCUGCUGCUCGACAAGGGCGCCGACGUCAACGCGCAGGGUGGACAAGACGGCAACGCACUCCAAGUGGCUUCAGCUAGAGGCCAUGAGGCGGUGGUGCAGCUGCUGCUCGACAAGGGCGCCGACGUCAACGCGCAGGGUGGAUACUUCGGCAACGCACUCCAGGCGGCUUCA